CACCAACAACAACAUCAAAAACAUCAUUCACAAACAGCACAACAUCACGAGGGCCAUCAACGACAGGCUCGACAACGUAACUCCGGUCCGGGUCCACAAACAUCAAAACGUUUCUCCCGAGACUCACAGGCUUCGAGCCGUAAACCUAACAUCAUUCUUAUUCUAACCGAUGAUCAGGAUGUGGAAUUGGGUUCGUUGAAUUUUAUGCCACGCACUUUACGCAUUCUGAGAGAUGGUGGUGCUGAAUUCCGCCAUGCCUAUACAACAACACCAAUGUGUUGUCCCGCCCGAUCGUCGCUACUCACCGGAAUGUAUGUUCACAAUCAUAUGGUCUUCACGAAUAACGACAACUGUUCCAGUCCUCAGUGGCAGGCCACACAUGAAACGCGAUCAUUUGCUACAUAUCUAUCGAAUGCCGGUUAUCGAACUGGUUAUUUCGGAAAAUAUCUGAAUAAAUAUAAUGGUUCCUAUAUACCACCGGGUUGGCGGGAAUGGGGUGGCCUCAUUAUGAAUUCGAAGUACUAUAAUUAUAGUAUAAAUAUGAAUGGUCAAAAGAUAAAACAUGGAUUUGAUUAUGAGAAGGAUUACUAUCCAAAUUUGAUAGCCAAUGAUUCUAUAGCAUUUUUGAGAUCAUCAAAACAACAAAACCAAAGAAAGCCUGUGAUGUUAACAAUGAGUUUUCCGGCACCGCAUGGACCCGAAGACUCGGCGCCCCAGUAUAGUCAUUUAUUUUUCAAUGUGACCACACACCACACCCCAUCCUAUGAUUUGGCCCCAAAUCCAGAUAAACAAUGGAUUCUGAGAGUUACCCAACCCAUGGAACCGGUACAUAAACGUUUUACCAAUUUGCUAAUGACGAAACGUCUACAGACUUUACAGAGUGUAGAUGUUGCCGUGGAGAGGGUCUACAAUGAACUGAAGUCACUGGGAGAAUUGGAUAACACCUACAUUAUCUACACCUCCGAUCAUGGUUAUCAUUUGGGUCAAUUCGGUUUGAUAAAGGGUAAAAGUUUUCCCUUCGAAUUUGAUGUAAGGGUACCAUUUUUGGUGCGUGGUCCUGGUAUACAACCCUCGAAGGUGGUUGAAGAAAUCGUUUUAAAUGUCGACUUGGCGCCCACCUUCUUGGAUAUGGGUGGUGUUCCCACACCACCACACAUGGAUGGCCGAAGCAUUUUGCCGCUACUCCUGAAUAGACAAAAAUUCAUGAAAGAACCCUGGCCGGAUUCGUUCCUUAUCGAAAGUUCUGGUCGCCGUGAAACACCAGAUCAAAUAGCUGAGGCCCGUGCUCGUUUGCAGGCCGAACGUAACAGUAUGAAACUGGCCAAUAGCACAUUACUGGAAGACCUUCUUGAGAAUAUAACAAUAUCCACGACAACGGCCCGUAUGGAUAUUGUGGAAAUGGAAUCACGAGAGGAGGAUCUAUUCGGAGAACAUGGUAAAGAUAAUUUGUAUACUGACAAUGAAGAAAUUACCGAUGAUGAUUUCGAAUUUGAAAAUGAUGAAGAUGAGACGGAUACCUCAGCUGCUAUUAACGAAGAGGAGGAGGAUAACGAUGCCACAAAUGAUGAACUCGAACAACAAGAUCAAUUUGAUAAUAAUCUGCCAUUGACCCCGUAUAAUACAAAAAUGAUGCGUUUAAAUUCGGAAUGUUCUGAUCCAAGUCUCUUGGAAGAUUGUAGAGCUGGGCAAAAAUGGAAAUGUGUUAAUGAGAAUGGAAGAUGGCGGAAACAUAAGUGUAAAUUUCAUCUCCAAUUGCAGCAUCAUUUGGCAGAAAUAUCCAAAUACCCAAAGAAUCAAAAUAAACGUAAUUGUGCUUGCUUUACACCAGAUGGUGUGGUCUAUAUUAAACCUGAAGUUCGGAAGAGGAACCAAAACUUUGGUAAAAAUUCCCGACGCCACAAACGUGACACUGAGAAUUUCGAUAUCGAGGAACUCUACCAUUCUGAGCUGCCCUAUGAAAUGGAAGAAUUAUUGGAUAUCCAUAAAAAUGUACACAACCUCGAGCAGUAUCUUUUGGAGCAACAUAAAAAGAACGCUGAAAAGUUAUCAAGGCCCAAAAGAGAACUUACGGCACAUUUAUUCGAAAAUCCUGAAAAUUUAAAUAGUGAAGAGAAUAAAAAGAACAACGCUUCCAAUGAUGCCAUCUCCAAAGUUAUACAAGAAAUUCAGGAUACUUUGGAAACAUUGGAGCUGAAAUUUGUUGAACAUGACUGGACGGUGAAUAGUACCUCAAAGACAUCGGCCACCAAAAUGACUUCGGCUGGAUUUGUACGAGGCGGAAAAUUCCCCAAAGUGGGUGGUCGUGUCGGUACUCGUUGUUAUAUUGAAUCUCAAAGUGGUAAAGUCAAUUGUUCCGAUGUUAUUUAUGAUGACGAGAAGACAUGGCGUAAAUCGCGAUCACAAAUUGAUAUGCUUAUCAAGGUAUUGAAGGAUAAAAUUACCCAUUUGAAGGAUAUCAAGAAGCAAUUGAGGGAAAGCAAGCAGCAGCAACAGCAAGGGCGUUAUUGGAAUAAUGAAUUCGUCAACAACAACAACAAUCGGGGAGAUCAAUACAAUAAUGGGGAAGCGAAUACCAAUGCUUAUGGCUCGGGAUAUCGUCAUCAAAAGGGUCGUCAUCGUGGCCAACAGCCUCAGUCUCAACAUGGUUAUAAUCGUUAUCACAACAAUGCGGGAGUUAUGGGUAAUCCCAUGUACUCCUCCGCUGGAAACAGCGCUGGAAGGAGACGAAUCAUUGUAUCGAAUGUUGAGAAUCCUGAAUUCGAUAUGAACUAUUUUACUAGUACUUCACGCAGAACCAAUUAUGAGGAGAUUAUGACCUCGACACAGAAAAACAAACAUCGCAAUAAUCAAGUGCCAAAUACAUAUACGACCACAACUCUGCCAGAUGGUCCAAAUAAAAAUACCCCAUGGAGAAGUACAUCGGAUGAAGUUUCCCAAGGUAGCUAUGAAGAAUCCAGCUAUCCAAGUUCCACCUCGGAGAGCAUAGCAUCCAGUUCGGAAAUGGGCCACAGAACUAAACCCAAACAUCGAGGACAGAAGGAAGAAGUCAAAGAAACAUAUUACAAUUCUAGGCAUGAUACUGGCAAUACUCAAUUUUCAGGACCAGCUGAAUGUUAUUGUGAACCGGAUACAGAUUAUCAAGAUUCCAAAGAAAUUGCGCGAGAGGCCAGACGCAAAUUGAAGGAGGAAAGGCAACGCAAAAAGGAAAGGAAACGGAUCAAGAAGGCACGCCUGGAAAAGGAAUGUCUAUCGGAGAAAAUGAAUUGUUUUUCGCAUGACAAUACUCAUUGGCGUACCGCCCCGUUAUGGAAUGAUAGUCCAUUCUGUUUCUGUAUGAAUGCUAAUAAUAAUACUUAUUCCUGCCUAAGGACCAUAAAUGCCACACACAAUUAUUUAUAUUGUGAAUUUACGACGGGACUAAUAACAUUUUAUGAUUUGAAAAUUGAUCCCUUCGAAACUUUAAAUCGCGCCUCAUCGCUUACACAGGCUGAGAAGUCGUAUAUGCAUGAUACAUUGGCCAAACUCAAAAGUUGUAAGGGCAAAAGUUGUACCAUUAAACGUACAGUGACAGUUGUAAAUUCGAACAACUCCACCAGCUCAAAUAGUAUUAUACAAAGAGGCACGAAGCGGAAACAUGGUAAUUUAAUAACCUCAUCACUGAAUGGCAAUUCCGAUUUUGUUUCCAAUCGCAUGGAUUAUGAAGGAUCACCGACAAAACGCAGGAAAUUGUCAAGCCGCUGGCCACCGAGCUCCACCACCGCAAACAACAACAAUAAUAAUAUAAGGCGUAAACAAUGGAAGCUGCAACAUGUAAAUCAUCAACAACAACAGCAUUCCUAUUAUAAUCCCCAUCAAAAGAGUCAACAUUUAAGACCAUCAGCAUAUAAUACUAAUCACCACAAUAGGAUGGUGCCUCAUCAACAGCGGCAACAACACCAUCAUCAACAGCAGCACCAACAACAUCAGUCACCACAAUCUAUGGCCUCUGAACGUGGUAAUAGUAUUCGAAGAAAUCGUUUUCAUGAGGAGGACACCCAACGCUAUCAACACAAUGCUGAAGUUAAAAAAUCAAUGGCAAUAGGAUCACCAUCACCACCUCAAUCAUCCGCAUCAUCUCCAACAGCACCAAAUGCCACAGUGACAACAAUGCAACAACACAAAGAGGCCAAGGAUAAUGUGAUGGGUGGUGGUGUAUUGUAUAAAGACAUCAACAGCAAUAAUAGUAGCACAACUUCACAUGCAGAUUCUGCAGCGGCUGCAGAUGCAAACAAUUCCAAUUGGAUGCCAUCUUCCUCUUCAACACCAGUGCCAUCAUCCGAUACAGUAGCAGAUGCUGGACCAUCGGCAUCUUCAUCAUCAUCAUCAUCAUCACUUUUGCCACUGGAUAGUGAUGGUGAUGAUGCUGAAUUUUUGAAAAUGCAUAAAAAACAACAACAGCAACCAAUGACCACAUUACCCGAAUUAAGUCUGUAG